AUGAAGGUCUUCUCACUCUCACUCCUAUCCGUCACUUCUGCAAGCCCGGCGCAGGCGGCUUUGCUGGGGACAGCGCAAGAUCUGUCUAGCUUCUCAUUCUAUCAACGGGGGUCUGUCGGCGAGUUCAUGGGCUUCUUCACAAAGACCGUUGCCGAGCGUACACCUGCCAACCAACCAUCAUCAGUCGAAGAGAACAACUACAAGGCGCACGUCUUCCGGACCGCUGGUCGGAAUGGAGGACCCGGUCUUGCUGCUGUGAUGAUUACGGACCUGGAAUAUCCCUACCGACCCGCCUUCUCGCUGCUUACCAAAAUCCUGGAUGAACACGCCGCACUCGCCAACAACCUCCCUGGCGCAGCGGGCGGAUCGCUCGGCGGAGCAGCUAGUGCAUUCUCGGUCAACCCUUCGCAGGCAGCUGCGGGCGGUCUGCCGCCAGCGCAGAAGGGCAAGCUGGAGGCGACAUUGACGCAGUACUUGACCAAGUACCAGGACCCGAAGCAGGCGGACACGAUUAUGAAGGUGCAGAAGGAGCUGGAUGAGACCAAGAUCGUGCUGCACAAGACGAUCGAGUCGGUCCUGGAACGAGGAGAGAAGCUCGACAACCUCGUCGAGCGGUCGAACGCCUUAUCGGCGCAGAGUAAGAUGUUCUACAAGACAGCCAAGAAGCAAAACUCAUGCUGUGUUGUCAUGUGA